UCAGAAAGACAGAGUGCUACCACAGCAACACCAUCGCAGCCCCGGAAUGGCCCACGUUAUUUACCAUGGCAACGGCUCGGAGGGGAACUGCACUGACGUGGACCGCCUGAUGAAGCGCUACUACCUGCCCGUCAUGUACGGCCUCAUCUUCAUCGUGGGCCUGGUGGGCAACGUCACCUCCCUGCUGGUCUACUUCGCCAAGCUGCGGCCGUGGCGUAGCGCCAGCGUGAUCAUGGUCAACCUGGCGUCCACCGACCUCCUGUACGCGCUCAGCAUGCCCUUCCUGGUGUACUACUACACGCGCGGCGACCAGUGGACGCUGGGCGCCUUCAUGUGCCGCUUCGUGCGCUUCGGCUUCCACUUCAACCUGUACGGCAGCAUCCUCUUCCUCACCUGCCUGGCCAUCUUCCGCUACGUGGCCGUGGUGCACCCCAUGCUGGCGUCGGAGGUCCAGCGGGCGCGCUGGGGCGUGCUGGCGUGCGUGGCGGUCUGGGCGCUGGCGGCGGCGCAGAUCGCGCCCAUGCUCACCAUGAUCUCCAUGGUGGAGUACGACAACAAGACCUACUGCCUGGACUUCGCCAGCAACGACCCCGAGCAGCUGUGGUGGUACGGCUGGCUGCUGACGGCGCUGGGCUACCUGCUGCCGCUGGCGGUGGUGUGCGCGUGCUACGUCCGCAUCGUGCGCGAGCUGGCCCGCGGGCCGAACACGCGCUCCAGGGCCCGCGUCCGCGCGCGGCGCCUCAUCGCGGUGGUGGUGGCGUGCUUCGUGGUCUGCUUCCUGCCGUACCACGUGCUGCGCGUGCUGCGCGUGCACACGCGGCGCCGCCCGGACUCGUCCUGCCUCAUGGACCGCUGGGUGCACGCCGCCUACAUCCUGUCGCGCCCGCUGGCCGCCCUCAACACCGUGUUCAACCUCGCGCUCUACACGCUGGCCGGCGACCGCUUCCAGGUGGCCUUCGAGAGCCUGUUCAAGUGCCAACAGUGUCUGACCAAAGCCAAGAAGCGCAUCAAUCUAGCGGUGAUCAGCAAAGCCACCUCCAACACAACAAAGGAGACUGACACAGACACCACCAAAUAGGGGAGUAAAUAAAUAUCAAUACUAGGAAAUUCACUGGCUGUAUAGCUUGCAUGCAUUCAACUUUAUCAUGCUACUCAUUAAUGUGUAAACGAGUGUGAAAAAUAUCAGUUGUACACAGUGUGGCUGGGGUUAGUGUGGGAUCACUAGCUUUAAGGGGCAUUCACACCAAGAAUGACUCUCUCCUUAUGUGAAUGAAUGUGAUGGCUAAAAUAUGAUGGGUUCUGAUCGCCUUUUAGAUUUUUAUCGUUCUCAAAAUCCCAAAAUCGUCAUACAUAUUAACGAGAACGAUAUAUUUUUUUAUGGUUAUCACUAUAGGUAUCGUUCUUCGUGUGAUCGGCCCUUAACUGACUUGUAAUGACACCAUGUGUCUGGUCAAAAGCCACGAAAACCACUAAUGUUCCAGAAAAGUUUGACAAAGAGUAGUAUACACUGCAAACAGACCAUAAAAAAAUGCUCUUCCCACCUCUCUCUCACUCUCUCAUACACACACACACACACACACACACACACACACACAGAGCAGGAAUUUCUCAGCAUAUAAACUCUGACAGCAUUAUGACCUGAAAUAUGAGUACAAUAAUGUUACAGAACGUAAAGCAUCAUAAUGCAAUGCAGGUUUCUAUAGCCUACUCACCUUCUUCAAGGAAUAUGAAUUUAUUUAUUUUGAGGAAGUAGGCCUAUUGUUCAGUUCUCUUACAAUUACAAAGUUGCAUGAAUGACCACCUGAAUGUAACACCUCAAGGAUACCUCAAAGUAUCUACAAAAGAGUGACAUGACACUGUCAUGAACACAUGACACUGUAAUGGCACAUGAUUCAUGAACCCUAAGCCUAACCCUAAAACCGAAUGACUCUUAAUGACAGAAGCAAAUGUUUUUGAGACAUUCAUGACAGUGUCAUGUCACUCUUAAGUAGAUACCUGCAAGUAAAGUGUAAACGAAUAUUAUUACAGAAAGGACCACCUCUGGUGAAAAUUCAGUUUUUAACUUUGUUAACAUGCCCGUAUGAUGUCUGUUUAGCAAGAGAUACAGCAUCAUGAGUGAAAAUAGCAGUCAAUGUCAUCAUGACCAAGGGUUACUGCUUUGGAUCUACGAUCAAUCAAGUAAGGAUGUUCAAGUGGUGGCAGGAGGCAAGAUUAGGCUGCAUGAGAACUGAUUGCUCCAGGUCCCAUGUUACAUCAUUGUAUGUCUGGGAUGGAACAAAGCAUUAGGGUGGAUUCCGACUUAGGGUAAUUAUAGUCCAAAUCCCGGCACUGUGAUGGUGUGCAUCCCUUGUGACAAAGUCUAUGCUCCUUUACAAUCUUUUACUUCACUUCCCUCCUCUUUCACAGUUUGGGACUUGGGGGUUUCCCAAUUAUUGCAACGAAUCAAAUUGUAUUUUAAGCCAUACUGACCAAAGAAGUUGACAUACAGUAUGUCGCAAAAUUGUCCCCUUAGAAUAUUCUAUCUACGUUCUGAGAUAUUGACCUUCACAGUUUUAGAAUUCCACGAGUUAUACUGAUAAAUGGAACAAACAUCUUUAGAUAAUGUCCAAAAAUGCAUACAACUACAAGAAACACCUCACCUCAGACUAAGAAUAUGUCAGUAACUUAAUUUUGACAAAAAUGUCAGAUAGAACCUUAUAAUCAUAAAUAAGGGAAUUAAUUGUCCCCUGUAAAUAUAUACAAUUGUAAACAUUAAGACAAAUGUGUUUACAACAAUUAUUUAUGUAUUUCUUACCCUCUUACUAUGCUGUUACAAAAUAUUGCAAACACAUUUAUAUUCAAGCUUUAGUUGACAUUUUGCACUACAAUGAAAAAGUACAAUUCCCCAGGAGAGGUAUAUGAUAUAUAUUGAGCAGCUGUACUGUAAAUAAAAAUGAAAUGUACAGAUCUUGCAUUUUGUAUUUUUUUCCUACUGAUCUCGGAUGAUGUGCGUGCGUGAGAUACGUGUGAAAGGCCUGAUGACAACGUUACAUAACAUCUGGGAAAACCUGCAAUUCCUGUGGGGACAUACAGUAUAAUCUAUUUUGUUUCAGGCAUUUAUCCUUGACAAUAGACUCAGUAAAUGCUUAUUGUUACACAAUUGCAGAAUCCGUCUUGGGUUACAGUUGGGUAAGAAUGGAGUGCUUUCCAAGCAACAGCUGGCAACACGUCAGUUCCCGUGCCAUUGCUCGAUAAUCACCAUGGUGUCACAUACACUUCUGAAUCUUCUCCUUCACUUGCUCUCCUCCCAGAUCAAGAUGUAAGAGGGCAUGUCUUUUUCCAAGUUACUGAUAUGUUUCCUAACUUGUUUUCAGGUUGUUUUAAGAGAAAGACAAAGUGCUGUGUCCAACUGAUGAAUAAUAAUAAUGA